AGGCUGCCACCACUCUGUAGCAGUGAGUGGCUGCAACAAAAAGCACAGAAUAACAUCUCCCGACUCCCUGCUCGCCUUUUUCUCUCUCUCCCUGUGCGUCUCAGCAAGCAGAUGAGGGCUCUGCUCACAGCUCUGCGGAGGCUAUGCUGGGACUUAGCCGGCAUCGGAAGCAGAAUCUUUGAAUGCCAUCAACAAGUUAGGGUUGGAGGACUAUGGCCAUGAAAGAGAAAACACUUGCUCUUUAAGUAAGCGGCUGAGCUGACAUCUUUGCAGUGGAAAGAAAAGGGUAAAAGAAGGGGGUAAAGGAGGAGAAGGAGGAGGAGGAGGAAAACCUUCAUCGGAAUCACAGUGACUGCCAAGUUGAAAAAUAUAUAAAAAUACUUCAAGGAUUUGUUGGAUAGAGAAGACAAUUCAACACUCUUUUGGAUUGUAUGGGACGGAGAAUAAAAACAGGAAUAAACAUCUUGGGACAUGGAAUUUUAUAUUUUGUUUCAUUUGCGUGGGCUCACAAUUGCUUCGUUUCAAAAGCGACUGGUGCAUUUUGGGCUUUUUCAAGGGGAUUCUUUCCCUUUGGAUUUUUUUCCCAUGUGGUUGCUCAAAUAGUCUGCGGAGAAGGACAGUUGAAUGCAGCUUCCGAUGUGCACAAAAGAAUGGGUUUUCAUUCAAGGUGGCCAUUGGUGGGAUCUGCACCAGCGGCUCUUUGUCUGUAUUUGAUCAGCAUGCUCCUUGUGUGCCUGCUGCCUUCUGCAUCAUGCACAACCUGCCCUCAAAAAUGCCGCUGUGAGGACCUGCAGUUCUACUGCGACACCCAGGGACUUCAGGCACCCCCAGAUGGUGUGGACAAAGGAGCCCUGGGGCUUUCACUACGGCACAACAGCAUCACUGAGCUCAGCCCUGAUCAAUUCUAUGGAUUCAGUCAGCUCACCUGGUUACAUCUAGACCACAACCAGAUAACCACGGUUCAAGAAGAUGCCUUUCAAGGGCUCUACAAGCUGAAGGACCUCAAUCUGAGCUCCAAUCGUAUCACCAAGUUGCCCAAUACAACCUUCAUCCACCUCAUCAAUCUCCAGAUUUUGGACCUGUCCUUCAAUCAGAUGACCGCUUUGGAACCAGAACUGUUUCAUGGAUUAAGAAAGCUCCAAAUACUCCACCUCCGCUCUAAUUUACUUCGUACCACACCUGUUCGGGCAUUCUGGGACUGUCGCAGCCUGGAAUAUCUUGGUCUGAGCAGCAACCGUCUACGGAGUCUAGCUCGAAAUGGUUUUGCUGGGCUCAUUAAACUCAAAGAGCUCCACUUGGAGCACAAUCAGUUGACAAAGAUCAACUUGGCCCAUUUUCCACGCCUCAUUGGGCUCCAAUUUCUGUAUCUGCAGUGGAAUAAGAUCAACAACAUAACAUGUGGCAUGGAGUGGACCUGGACGACUUUAGAGAAGCUGGACCUUACAGGAAAUGAGAUUCGUGUCUUGACACCAGACAUAUUUCAAACUCUGCCAAAUAUAAAGAUUUUGCUGAUGGAUAACAACAAAUUAACCAGUCUAGAUGCCCAGGUGAUGGAUAUGUGGCAGUCUCUAAGUACUAUUGGGCUGUCUAGCAACCUAUGGGAAUGUACCAAAAGGAUUUGCCCUCUGGCCACUUGGCUAAGCACCUUCAAGGGAAGGUGGGAGCAUUCCAUUCUCUGUCAUAGCCCUGAAUACGCCCAAGGUGAGGAAAUACUUGAUGCUGUAUAUGGAUUCCAACUUUGUCAGAAUUUCUCAGCACCGGUUGUGCAGACCAUUAGUACAACCACAGAUGCGACUACAGCCGCAGAGAUGACAAGCUCCUUGUUUGGAAUUAUGCAGCCACUCCCGACACAGGACUAUGCAGAGGAUUUUGGGAGCUUUACCACAGUCACAACCACAACAACCACAACACAAACACCUGUCAUUUCUCAAGCAACCACCACUGCAAUGGAAGAGGCAGCUGUAACAGAUGACUUCUCCAUUAUGGACAACACUGUUAUGACUCAUAGGGUUAUCAUGGGGACUAUGGCUCUUCUGUUUUCAUUCUUUUUCAUCAUUUUUGUUGUAUAUAUCUCACGGAAGUGCUGCCCUCCUACCCUGCGCCGGAUACGCCACUGUACCGCUAUUCAGAAUCGCCGACAGAUGAGGACCCAGCAGCGGCAGCCUAUGGCAGACCUAGCUACACAGGUGCCCUAUAAUGAGUAUGAGCCCAGCCACGAGGAAGGAGCACUUGUGAUCAUUAAUGGCUAUGGGCAGUGCAAGUGUCAGCAACUGCCUUAUAAAGAGUGUGAAGUAUGAACUCUUAUUUAUUUGUAGGGCAUAUGGUUUGCCAUUUGACCAUAUGAUGAUACAGGGUUUGCUUUUUGGAUUCAUUUUCCAGUUAAUGUAAACAAAAGCGUAAUUUCUACUUUCUGGGAUUUGUGAAAACAUGAAAAAUGCUUAUUACGCCAAUGACAGAGGGGACGUGGCAGUAUCUGGGGGGUGGGUGGGUGUAGACAUAGUCAUAAAUUUAUUUUUCUAUGAACGGAAGUUUGUUCGUACAAGGCAGGGGCAAUCAUUUUAAACAACAAAAAAGUGUUAACUGUGAGAUCUGUUUCCACAAUGUCUCAAAAUUCCUCAGCACAGAGCAAAUAUUUAGCCGAAUGACCCUGAGCUACAUUAAAAGGGAGAAACUUUGUGUUUUUCUUUUGAAUAUAUUACAAAUCCACUUUCUACCCACACCAUGGGCACUGCAAACAAGCCAACAUACAUACAUACAUUUGGAACUACAAAUUGACUACAAUGUAAUGUUUGGAGAUGUCAAGUGAAACAUUUGUAUUCACUUCAAAGAAGAAAAAAAAAUCGUAUUUUUGUCAGACGUUUUUUCCCCCCAGGGGGAAUCUAUUCAACGUAGAUGUAUGAUCCAAGAAAGGCAUGAGCCCAUUUGUAAAUGUUUCGGUUUGUAGUCACACUGAUGUUCACCUCUAAUUCCAGCUGAAGGAAAAUCCAAGAUAGUCUGUAUUUUAGGAUUCUCAAUGAAAAUGAGUGAAUAAGACAGUUCCCAUGCUUGCUGUUGUACAGGUGGAUGGUGAGGGUAACUUGGAAAGGCAAAUGCAGUACUUCUCAAAUAAUGGGGCGGGCCCCCCUGCGGUGGGUUGUUGGGGGGAGGGGGAUUCAAAAGGCAGGGGACUAUACGCAUAAAAUUCUGUCUGCUAGUAUAUUUUUUCAUGCUUGAACAAUGCUUGCACCAGCAACUCAGUGGUUUGUACAGGUAAAUAAAUUAGCAUUACGGGUUCUCAAUAGUAUUUCAAAUCGGGAGGCGGGGGAACCUGAGAAGAUUUCUGUCCCUAAAGGGGGGCAUGACAGAAAAUAAUUGAGAACCACUGGGCUAAUGUAUAGUGUAAAUGCCAGAUCGGGGACCAUUUCAUUCUGAAAAUAAAACCUUUCCCAGUACCCCAGGCUCUUUACUCCUAACACACUAAUCAGGACUGACAGCCCCAAGAUUGGACCAAUUAAGGCAAGGCAAAAGAAUCAAAUAUUCUGUCACCCACACCAGUGAUCUGGCAACAGUUUGCUUGUUCACUCAAAUAUAGUGCUAUUAUAGUCACCCUCUGUAUCACACAAAAGCAUUAAUGAAUAUUUUUUGGACAGAUUAGAACAUUUUCCAGGCUUACAUAUAAUGAAUACUAUGACAGUGAUGAGUUGUGUCAACCUAAACUGCGGUCAAUGCCGUGAAAACAAAUUGAGAUCAAGUGAUAAGCAAACAGCAAGCCUGGGUCAGGACACAUUUGUAUGCAGGAGGGAGAGGAUGUGCAUUAGCAUCAGACUAAAGCUGCUGCUGCAGCUCCGCACUUCUUUGUGCUCAGUUUGGGGGUGGGGGGCAGGGUGAAGGAGAGCAAGAUUGAGAGGAAUGGAUGCAGAGCAGGAAAGAAGUUACUAGAGGUAAUAUACAGUAUUAGGUUAUCAUGACUAAUGUGCAUAGUUCUGGUAUUUUAAAUAAAUUGAACAAAAAAUUUAGAGUGACAACAUUUUUGAUUUAAUUUAAAACUCAAUUUGCCAUAACAUUUUCACUACUUUAACUUGUAAACUAACGUUUAAACUUUUGGGAAAUUAGGAGAAUACAGUUCAUACAGUCAGGACACUUUCAACAGUACGCUACAUUAAACCAAACCCAAGUCACACUAGAGACUGACAGGUGGUAUCAUUUGUGGCUUUGUGCCGGUCAAAUUUUGGUUUCGUCCUUCCAAAUAAAUGUUUGUGUCUAUGUGUCAGCAUAUGGUCAUGAUAUGCCCACAGAGGUUUUGAGUGUUUUUAGUACACCAAGAAUGGUUUAAUUUCUUAUUUGAAUUACAAGGUGAAAAAAAUGCACUGCACAUACACUGAUUUCCAAAGUUAAGCUGGUCUGCUGUGUCUCUUUGGUUUACCUUCAGCUUCGCGAUGCUUACUACAACAGCCCUUUUAACCUGUCUUGCAUGUUUAAAAGUCAAAAUUUAGUUACCUGUUUUGUCACCCAGGAGGCAGAAAGACAUUUCUGAUACAGCAAAAGUGGGGAUUACAUGGAUUUCCAAUCACGUUUCAGCAAUUAUUUGACAUUUCACUGUUAAACUAUGGUUGUAACAAGUGACUGAAAAGCCACAACAUUUGUAGAAAUAUGCAUCCCUUUGCACUUUGGCUCUUUGUAAAAUGUUUCUGUUUCCUCUUGUCAUCCUCUAGCUCUGGUCCCUAUCUUGCCUAAAAAAAAAAAAAAUAAAAGGAAAAACAAGCAAACAGGUCCCCUUCCUCUCUUACCCAGCAUUUUUGUGCAAAAUGAAUGAUUUGCAUUUUUGUAUUGUAUAUGUACAAUUUCAUAUCUGUAUAGUGGAUAAGAUGUGCCAUCAUGAUCAAAAAUAUCCUCAAAACACAGUAUAUUUUUAAAUAAAAUUGUUAAAAUUACAGUGUACUUGAGUGCUCAAAACAUGCUUUAGUUCAUUACACUUCGGCGCAAGAUACAGAUUUGUGUAUUAGAAAUAGCACAUUAAUUCAUUAACAAAAAUACUGGCAUAUAUCUAUUGGAAAUACUUUUUUAAGCAUUUCUCAUUGGCAUUUUCACACAGCACUAACAGUGACAGCACUAAAGGACAAAAAAACUGCUCUUCUUAUCCAGAGUAGAUUAACAUACCGUAAGAUGAUCACUGUCAAUAUAAAAAUGGAUUUAUAUUAUUAAAAGAAACCUCUGAAUUUGAUGUUUACACUGAACUGAUAGUCAUUUUUAUUCACAUUAACUUGGGUUCCUGGCUGAUUUGGCUGACACUGAGAUUUUUUUUUCACAAGAAUAAUGACAGCCACUGAUUUAUUUAUCCCAAAUGAUCAAGUAUUCAAUUCAACACAAGAGAUGGGACAAAAACAUAUCUGGGUGUUAAUAAAACCUGACUAUAAUGUUCCAAAUCUCUUUUAUAAGGGUGUACUAAAUCACUACUAAUGAAAUAAGGAGAUACAGCAUACUAAAAGAAGCAUUGGAUUACAGAAACAAUAGGAAAUGACAGAUGCUUGGAGUGGACAUUCUCACAGUCUCUGUUCUACAUCAGGGCUCUGUGUAGGCAAAUUCAUUUACAAAUGCCUUUAUAGAGGUGUCAAAUGAGCCCAAGCACGGCACAGAUUGCCUAGUGAGUCCCCAAGUCUCUCACACGAUCCACUCUUUGAAUAACCCUGCAAAUAAUAACCUGGGAUAUUUGUCACUCUGACUGUCUGAAUAAUGUGCAACACCAUACAACGUUGACAGGUUAACGUGUCCAUACGGAAAGGUGGGCACCCCCAAAAAGUAUCUGAUGGACUGAUGGGGAACAUAGUGCACAUUGUCCGGGUCCCCAGGGAAUGAUAUGUAACAAUUUGAUCUGAUUACAUAAGGCAUUUGAUAGGGGGGUUGACUCUGCCAGGGAUCGUGGUUCAUCCAAGUGCCAGCAGGAAUGCCUUGCUACUCUCCACUGCACAGUUUCCCCUGUGAGUACAGAGAAGCUGUAGCUAAGCAGUGCUUACCAGUCAGCUUUUGGAAGGCUUGACCGACAAACUGACUGAGGCCCAAUCGGAAGGAAAACUCCACUUAGUGUUUUACCUUGGCAUUUUGUUCACUGUGUAAUGUUUUAUAUUGGGACUUGACUUAUAGUAAAAUGUUUGGAAGAAGCAGCCUUCUACUUGACAGUAUGAUUUACAAUUAACUCUGUCCUUGUCAAAAAGUUAAAUAUUGUAAACUCUUACUUUAUACUGACCAGCAAAUGAACCUUUAAUUGGUCUCCAGACAUCAAAUAACUUUUGCACAAUAUUCUAAUUUAUCAAAAUGCACCUGAAUAUGUAAAACCACCCAAAUGUCCCACAGUGUUACACUGACAACCGCCCUGCUAAUAGAGUAUUGCAAGAGCGGUGAAAAUGUGGGUGAUAUGCCCUGCUAGCAACAUUGGGUGAGCAAAAUAUGAUGCAAGCUAAAACAUACUGCUAAAUUAGGACCCCAAGAAGCCAAUACAAACAAAUACAAAUUAUUUUUCUACCGUUUAAUACAGCUGUUAAUUGACAAGCCCUGCCACCAUCGACACAUUUUUCGAUAAGUGGACUAAUCUAAAUGACGUAUUAAAAAAAACAAUAAUUUGUUGUCUGUCAGUGCUCAUGUCAAACUAUCAAAAUGUGACCAUGUAAAAUACCCAUUUUUUGACCCACAAUUAGAAUAAAUUAACCAACAAAUUAAUUAUGUUCAAUAUUUCAAGUUAAUUAUGAUAGAAAUGUGUAUGUUUUUUUAAGUGUGUAGGAGUGGGGAAUACAUGGCUUCAGGUCAAAUGUCAAAGUUUGGGAACCACUGUACUUAGCUACACAUAGUCACAUAACAUGACUGACAUCACAUUACAUUACUAAUGGCCACUUAACACACUGCACAAGAAGAACGGCGUUGAUAUCAACCAGGGGUGUCCCAAUCCGAUCUUCAGGAUCGAGAUCGGCUGUCGAGCCGCUGUAUUUUGAAGAUCGGACAAUAUUAGCUUCUGCAACAAAACCAGGCCGAUCUGGUUGCCGUAUUUUGUUAGUAACGGCCACACUCCAAAAAGGCAGGUGCGGUAAUGCACCUCAAAGCCGGUUGCCACUCGACUACAACCACCCCAGCGCAAAACCACAGUUGGUCAUGCUGUGUAAUGAUAAAGUAAACUCAGCAAUACUUCGGUUGCAUUAUUUUUAAUGCUUUGAAGAGAGAGCUAUGUUCAUAACCAUAUUCAAUUGCACAAAUUCAUGUUUAUAACAAAAGCUGAUUUAAAAAAAUAAAAAAACAAUAAAAAAAGGAUUUGGAUCGGAUCAGCAAGACUAUAACAAAAAAAAUCGAAUUGGAAGCCAAAAAAUGUGGAUUGGGACAUCCCUAAUAUCAACCCAACCUACAACUGGCAACCAUGUCAGGUAAUAUUUUCCAAUAAUAAUAAUAAUAAUAAUAAUAAUAAUAAUAAUAAUAAUAAUAAUAAUAAUAAUACCUUGCAUUUAUAAAUACAGUGAAUUUCUAAACCAAUGUGUAUCAGGAGGCGAUGGUUUUUUUUUAUCUCGAGCUUCCUCCUCAUCUCCACCUCGGAAAUCAUCACCUGACCUGCCCAUCCAGGGCUGCAGUCACCGUCGAAGCUGGUUUAUUUUGCCAAAUCAUGCAGCUACUUACAUGAUAGCGACAGCGGUUUCUGCAGGUGAUGUGCCGCUUGGAGUGGUUGUGUUUUGUUAGGCUGGCUUUUUUUUUUUUUAACCUGCCUGCUCCUGCCCUUUGCAACAUUUACAAUACAUGAGGUUGUUCCCAAACGUUCCCGACGUUAUCGCGCAUCAACACGAGAGUUUUGUGUUUUGGAACCUGCCGAUGUGGGGAAAAAAAGAAAAGUUGGUGAUGCGCGAAAAUUUUUCCUCUAGUUUGAUUCACUUUGCAUGGACUUAUUUUAGAAACAAAAUGCGCUCCCGUUUUAUUUUUUCUACUCGCACAAUUUAUUUUUAGGCCCAUAUAUAUGCUAGUGAAAUGCUCGCACUGUACUGCCCUGUGGAGGUUUAAUUCUUUUUCCAAAAAUAAAUUGAGAGGUUACUGUAUAAAACAUUCUACACUGGCAAACCUAAAAACUAAAAAGGGUCUGCAACGUUUUGACACUGAACGAAUUGAAGGUACAAACAAUUAUACUGCAACUUUGCCGAAAAAAAAAAAAAAAGCAGAAUGAACUGCUUGAAAAUAACAGAUGAGAAGCAGACAGUUAAAGCCUCUGAGACAAAGACAAAGGGUCAAACCGCAAAUAUCAGACUUGUCCAUUAAAAGCUGAGGGCAAAUGAAAUGUCAGCAGCUUAAUAUGUCAAAUCAACCAAGCAUCACUCCAUUUAGCAAAACCCCAACACACACUCAGAGCGAGAGAUGCAUUAUUAAUAAUAAUAAAAAAUAAAAAAGUGGCAGAAACAGUUAUACUCAACACAUGGCAAGCCAAACUGUCAUGACAAUAUGUAACAAAUGAGGUCAUACUAUGUGGCACUGCCAGGGCAACGUUGCCUCUCACCACUUGUGGCUGAGUUAGUCACUUUACAUAACCAUCAUUAACAAUGCACACAAUUCCAUGGACGCUCGCACGCAAAAUGUAUGCCAUCUUAACACAAUUGACAAGCUUUUAUAUUCUGUUCUGAACAAGGAAAAUGUUUUUUUAAACCAUAAUUUUGAGGAUGAAAAUAAGAUAUUUUAGCAUUUUGUCUCUGUGGUAUAUUUCAGCAGCAGAUUGGCAGUACAGAUGGCAAUAAGAUGAUGGGAAACAAUGAAAGACAAUGCUCUGGCUACAACAAACACGUUGAUGCAUUCAUGCCGAUUUAGGGAACAACUGUUAUAAAUCAGAAUCAGGUUUAGUCACCAUGUUAUGUUACCAUACUAGAAAUUUGACUCCAGUCAACAUCACUCUCUCUGUUACAAAAUAAUACAAAUUUUUUAAAAAAAAGUUGUAGAAAUAGGUAUAGAAAGGAGAAGACUAUGUUUUUUGCAACGUUACUGAUUAAAAAAAACACAUUCAACGAACACUGAACACUAAAUACCAUUAACAUGAACAUCUCAAUUGAUGCCGACAGAAUGCAUGGGGCUGAGUUCAUCCAACACUAUAUUUAAGUCCAUAUAGUGUCAUGACAACUGUGUAUCUCACCUUUACAGGGGCCACAAAUACCGUUGUAAUGCCUAUAAUGCCAUAAACAGUGUUGUAAAGCCUAUAAUGAAAUAAAAACACACCACAGUUCCCCCUUUACACAGCAAUCGCUGUAGAUAUCGAUUUUAUAGUUUUUAAAUCUUAAGCAGAGUUGUCCAUGUUUUUGUGCAUACAUUAUUUAAUUGUAACAAUUGGACAGAAUUAAACUAAAAGAACCAUUUCACAUAAGACAAAAGGUGGAAAUGAGUACAUUACAGGGCCUAUAGGAAAAAGUAGUAUGUAGCAUGGUGAAUGGAAGAGCACCUUUUCACGGCAAAAGGCAACGGCUCAAAUUGAAACACUUCACAAGAUUACUGGUGGCAAGCCCCCUUGUUUAAAAAAAAAAAAAAAAAAAAGUGACCAUCUGCUCCUCGUUUUCUUGCACCACAUCAUGUAACUGAACUCUACAUUUACAUGCCCUUUGGUUCAGAGAGGAAGAACUCGACUUGCCCACACAUUGCCUUAAACGCAACUCAUCAAUCACCUUUGGGAUGCACUAGCAUGGAGAUUGUGAUCUCACAAACGGACAAAAAUGAAAACAAAAUCAUGUACAAUGUAUUCCCAGAGCAGUUUGAAAGCUAUUGAUGCUCCAAAGGAGGACUAGAAGGCAUUUUGACAACAUUUCCAUCCAUUUUCACUUUCUGUCAGUGUAAUAUGUUCAACCUCACAGUGUAUUUUCUUCAGCCAACAGCAGCACCAGACUGACAAAAAGUUCCAGCUUUCACCUUGUCAUCUAUUCUUCCAUGAAGCACAUAAGUAAAUUACAAAUCAAUCUUGUCACCUUAUAAGCUAUUCAUAACUAAAUAGCACACUGAACCAAAACGUAUGGACUCAUGCCUUGAUAUCUUACUGUGAAUUCCAUGUGAACGCACUUUACAAAAGACAGAACAAAGACGAAAGACGCACUUUGCCUCCGCAUUGUUCCGCAAAUUGCAGUGGCAAAGCGUGUCAUUUAUUUAUUUAUGGCACGCCUAAAAUGACUAGUUUGCGCACUGUUUGCAUUCUGCGUUUAUUUACACCUUGUCAAGUACUGUUUGCGUCUAGUGCAUGACAACAGUACGUGCGACGUGCAUUGUUCCCAUAUGGGUCUGCAUUGUCACUUCCUGCAUCGGUGAGGCAGUCGUGGCGUUAUUUGAUACUGCUCGUGUGAUGCCACACUACAGCAGUCAUCACUCCUGGCUUCAUUAAUUCCUCUAUUUGCAAGGGAAAUACAAGAUUUUGAAGUCCAGAGAAAAAGGACUCAUUGCAGGAAAAAAAAUGAUACGUCCAUAUUAUGUUGCAGAAGAAGGCAUAAACUACAAAACCAAAUCCAAUGAAGUUGGGACAUUGUGCAAAUAUAAACAGAAUACAGUGAUUUGCAAAUCCUUUUCAACCUAUAUUCAAUUGAAUACACUACAAAGACAAGAUAUUUAAUGUUCAAACUGCAACUUUGUUUUUUUUUUUUGCCUGUCCAACCCCCCUCAGUCUUCUUAUCGGUUUUCCAGUGCACGCUGUCCCAUUCUUGCUCGAUGUACAGCUUCGGUUGUUCCAACAGUCCAGGGUCUCCGUUGUCGUAUUUUACAUUGUCUUGCUGAAAUAAGCAGGGGCGUCCAUGAAAAAGACGUUGCUUGGAUGGCAGCAUAUGCUGCAUCACAGAUGUGUCUUUUGAACUUUGCAUCUAUAACAGUCCGGAUGGUUAUUUUCCUCUUUUGACGUCCACAAUUUCCAAAAACAAUUUGAAAUGUGGACUCGUCAGACCACAGGACAUUUUUCCCCACUUUGCAUCAGUCCAUCAUAGAUGAGCUAGGGCCCAUAGAAGCCGGCGGCGUUUCUGGGUGUUGUUGAUAAAUGACUGUCGCGUUGCAUAGCAGAGUUUUAACUUGCUAACUCGCUAACUCGCUAACAUAUGUGGCGGCUAACUGUGUUUACGGACAGUGGUUUUCUGAAGCGUUCCUGAGCCCAUGUGGUGAUAUCCUUUACCCAUUGAUGUCAGUUUUUGAUGCAGUGUCGCCUGAGGGAUCGAAGAUUAUGAAUAUUCAAUGUUGGUUUUUAGCCUUGCUGCUUACGUGCAGCCAUUUCUCCAGAUUCUCUGAAUCUUUUGAUAUUGAUAUUAUGGACCAUAGAUCCCCAAAUACCUUGCAAUUGUACGUUUGGAACAUUCUUCUUAAACUCUUCGAUUAUUCGCUCGUGCAGUUCUUCGAAGCGGUGAACGUCACCCCAUCCUUGCUUGUGAAUGACUGAGCAUUUCAGAGAAGCUUAUUUAAUACCCAAUCAUGGCACCCACCUGUUCCCAAUUAGCCUGUUCACCUGUGGGAUGUUCCAAAUAGGUGUUUGAUGAGCAUUCCUCAACUUUCUCAGUCUUUUUUGCCACCUGUCCCAGCUUUUUGCAUGUUGCAGGCAUCAAAUUCCAAAUGAGCUAAUAUUUGCAGAAAAAAACAAAGUUUACCAGUUUGAACAUUAAAUAUUUUGUCCUUGUAGUGUAUUCAAUUGAAUAUAGGUUGAAAAAUAAUUUGCAAAUCAUUGUAUUCUGUUUUUAUUUACAAACCCUCCCAACUUCAUUCGAAUUGGGUUUGGUAGAUAAAUGGAUGUACAGGGUGGGAGGGGGAAUUGCUGACUUGAUAAAGUCACUUGGGGCAUCAUGAUCACUUAUGAACAGAAAUUCAAAAGGAAGAUCCAAGAGGCUACAGAAAUUACUUGAGAAUUCGACCCGACUUGCUCAAAGUGGUGGUGGAAAAGUUAACCCACUCAUGUGAAUGAGACACGCUUUGAUACGCACCGGCAGCAUUGUUCAGGCAUAGGUUACGGUGUGUUCGCAAUGCAUUCACGUCUAGUUCACGGAAAUUACGUGUGCCACAAAUUUUGAACAUUUUAAAAAUGUUCUUUGCACACUGGCACACAUACCCAGCCCGCACAGUUUACACAUACUUCUCACCUGUUUGCAACCAAUUUACUCAUUCUCACGCAAAACUGCGUGCCACUCUGGGAACAAAAUGGAUGCAAAUGUAUAAUCUUUUUUUAUAACAAACCUCAGCUCGUAACAAAAGAACAAAAUAUGAGUGAGUGCCCGGUUUAAGAGGAAAUUUUAAAAUGCCAGCGACUCAAAAAUACUUUCAAUUGAAAAGCAGUAUUUUUUAGAUAAACAUUUUUAGAAGACGAGCAUGUCCUUAUUUUGUGCCAGAAACACCAACUUGUCAAUUGCAUCAGGCUAACUUCCGUGUACAUUUGUGGUAGAGCUUGUCAUAGUAAAUAAUUGUGACUGUGAAGCUCACUGGACAUCCCAAGUCCAUCGUUUUCAGCAGGUUUUUAAAGACGUUUUUUCCACUGUUGCAACGGGGACCAUAUCUUAGCGAUGUGAAAAGACACCUCUUUAUAAUAGCACACCACUUUGUUUUUCCUUUCAUGAGGAACGCAACAGGAGCACGGCAGACAGCGCGCAACUUGCAACUUCACACAUGCCUUGUACUGGAGUUUGUGCCAAGUUUUAGGGUGGUGAAUUUUUUUUUUUUUUAAUGCUCUGAAUUCAAAGUACAUCCACAUUACUGGAGUUAGCGCUUAUUACUUGCUGACUAAUUCUUCCACCGCAGACGCUGUCGCUUCGACUGGAGCCGCGGACUUCUGCUUCGCCCCUCCACUCACCCCUGCAUACAGGGAUGAGGGAGAUACAACGCAAAUCCGGUCUAUAUUGAUAUCAACAAUAUGGCUGGUCUUGAAAUCGUGCUUCAAGUAAAUAUUGAUGUUUUAAAAUAUGAAUAUAUCGCCGGGCCCUACUUAACAGUGAUUAGGUGAGUAAUUGGGAAAUUUAAAUAUGUAUUCAAACAUUACAACAGAAAAAGUAUCUGUCAUGUCAUAAAAAGAUGCUCCCAGUGUUGAAAGCUAGUUGCACUGCUGCAAUGGUGGAACUGGUAAGGUCUGGAGCUUAGUAGGGCCGGCAAGAGAAAAAAAAAUAAAAAAAAGACACUCACAUUGCCCAUGUACUCAGACAGCAGAUCCUGAAGAGCCUGGCGCACCGAAUUGCAUUCGGCCACAAUUCGCUCCCUGCGGUCAUCCCGUGUGCACGAGGAGUCGGCCAUGAGGGCAGCACCGCUGAUGAUGCUCUCAAGACGUUCCUCCAGGGACGGACGAAAGCGUUCCUCACUAAACGCCAGGGGGUCCACAAUGAUUUGUUUCUGUCGAUGAAGAUGAGAAAAAAAAAAUUAGACAAAAAAAACGUAGACAAAAAAAAAAAAAAGAGUGCAUUUGAAUAAUUUGCUGAAUAUAAAUAUUCAACAAUUCAGUUGUUACAAUUGUAGUUUAUUACGCACAGAGCCACAUUCAGCCCCCUGCACUCCAUCUAAUCUGUUCUCCUCUGGUUCAGUGUCAUAUUGCCAUGGCAACAAGCAUGAGAGACACAAACGAGAGGUGAAAAAGAGACAGAUAUAAAUAGGGGUGCAGUGCUGUAGAUAGGAGGGCAUCUACUAAUUUUGCCUCGCACUUUAGAGGUUUGGUUUCAUUUCACCGAUUAUAUGCCAUGACUCAUACAUGCCAUCAAACUGAAUUUUAAAGUCCUUUCCCUGAACACAAACACUAAAUGUUGCUGCAAUGCAAUUUACAUACAUUAAGUGUACACAAAAACUGCAUUGUUUUUUUAAAACUCAAGUUUCUCUGGUUAUAAAAUAGCAAAACAAGUGUCAAGGGAUCUAUUCUGAUUAUGUAAAACCAGAGCUACAUUCACUUAAGAAAACUACAGUAACACUACAUUCAUUACUGUAUUAAUUGUUUUACCUUUGUGGUGGAGCACACAUUUUUAAGAUAACACACAGUAAGUGAUAUAUUAAUUAAAAAUUCUACAAGGAACAAAACUCAAUAUUGAAAUUUCGGCGAUGCUUCACAGAAAACCAAAUGGUGCAAAUGUAAAAAGAUGAUAAGGGUGAUGCUUUGGAAGAGUAAGAGUAAACAAGAGUACAUUUGAAAUUAAGCAUAUGAAAAAUAAAAUAACAGAGCUAACUUCAGACCAAAAAUAGUGAUUGUCGUUGUUGAAAUAUGAUUUGUGGAUGAUAAUGCUUUCCGACAAACAGCUUUGCUCCAUAUAGCUAAGGGUAUGUGAGCCACAACCACGCAGUUUGAAUCAAUCAAGAAGGUAAACAAUGUCACAGUGAGAGUGCCACAGCAAGUUGCGCACAGCUAUGUUGAUUGAAUGAACACUCAACACAACCAUCGGUUAGAAGAUGCAAUGGGAAAGGAUGACUGAAGAACAUAAACAAAUCCAAUGACCGUAUGAUCAUUAUCUUACCAGUCUAAAUGAAAAAUAUCUUGUAAUCAAAAUAAUAGCUGCUAAUGGCUUAAUCAGCUGCAUUUAUCACCACAUACAACAUUAUGAUGCUGUAUUAUCCAGCUGUUUUGACUUUCUUUUCACGUCAAUAUUUUGAUUGUUAUUUAUACUACGACAGUCCAUGUACACUGUGCUUUUGGUGCGUUUGUUUUUUUGUGCAAAUCACUUGCAUUUGAAAGAGUAAAUUAAGGUACCGUAUUUUCUGGUCUGUAAGUCGUACUUUUUUUUCCAUGGUUUGGCUGGUCCUGCGACUUGUACUCCUGAGCGACUUGUGUUUUUUUCCCCCCACACUUACAGCCAGGAGAGGCUUGUGUGCCAGUAUCUGGUACUCCUAUCAUUCCUAUCAACUUAUAAAGACAACUGAGGUCCUGUCCACACAAAUAAGGAUAUUUUUUCUAUUUUUCUCAACGUUUUGGCCUGUCAUCCACACGCAUACAAGGGUUUUUGUCCUUAAAAAAAGAAGCUUUUGGAAAACUCCGGCUUCAGCGUAUUCGUGUGGAUGGCGAAGACUUAUAGUCCAAUGUGACUUACGUAUGUUGUUUUUUCCUCUUCAUUGUGCAUUUUUGGCUGGUGCGACUUAUAUUCCUGAGCGACUCAUAGUCCAGAAAAUAUGGUAGUUGUUGAAAACAACACUGAUGUAAGUCAAUCUGAAACCAUUUUUACUUACAUCAAAAUUGUUGAGGGCAUAAGCCAGCUCUCCGCCACCUGCAGGUUGAUUGAGUGCAGAGUCUUCAGUGGUUGUGGCCUGAGCAGCAUUGGAGAUGCCUGAAACUGCAUGUUGCAGUUGCUUGUAGAUCAGGUCACGGUUAGCCUUGUAGGCGGCCACGUCAGGGUGCUGCAGGCAGGCACGGGAUGCCGUGUACAGCAUGGGGAUGUUCUUCUGUAGAACACCGCGAGCUGCAGCCAUUUGGUCCUUGUGGUGGGAAUCCUUUAGCUCCUUGAUGGGUGCAUAAAAAGUACAAUUAAAGACUGCGUUAAAAGAUUGAAUGCAUCCAUGGGCUAUACUGGUGACUACUUCAUACUAAAUUCAAAACAGGCCUGUAAUGCCCUUACACUAAGUGUGACAGUUUGUUCUGGAUGACCUAGAUAUAUUUCUGUCCCCGGCAGUAACAACGCAUUCAUAAUCAGGCCGUUAAAAUACGCAUUUGCAAUGUAAUGUGGUGCUAUUGAGACUGUAGCCUCAUGGAAAAGUGAUAGCAAUCUCUGGCAUUGUUUAAUGGAAAAAAAUGCAUGCACAAGCAUAAGAUUGUCUUCCAAAUAGAGCAUUUUUUAAAAAUUAAAAUAAAAUUUGAAUUUAAAAAUUUUUAAUAAAUUUAUAAAUGUACAUGUAAGUGAGGUUAAGUUUGAAAACUUGCGCAGCACACAUGGUGACAGCAUUGUUUGUGUUACACAUGAUAGCGCCGACCUUUACGAAUACGCCACAGUGUCUCAUACAACAUCUAGUCAGAAAAUAUAUUGAUAAUUUGCACAAGUUCGAUAUAACAUACCUGUUGUCUCUUGGCUGCCAUGAUGUUCAGCUUGUCUACCUCUGGUUUCAAGGCCUUAUAUUGGAUCCCCAGGUCCUGUUCUGUUCCUGCAUUGCGCACUUUCACAAGACUCUCCUCCACCUGAAGCAGAUUCAUACACAGGGUUAGGCAAUGCUUUUCAAAACAUUCCUUUUGCUUAUUAAAAACACUGUUAAAAUGAAAUACUAUGAUGGAGUCAAAAAUUCUUAAAACAUAUUCCUUUCAUUAUUAAUUCAUGAUUUAUUAUUAAUUUGCUCGUAGUAGUCAUUGUACUAGUUUUGUAAAUAUCGACUGAAAAUUAGAAAAAUAUGUGUUUUGUGGAACACCUCACCUCCAAAUCGAUUCCUUAACCCCGCUCCCAAAAAGUAAUCUUGUAAACACUGCUUGUGUUAACAGGCAACUUCAUGAGACCUCAAAUAUGUAUGAUAAUUGAUGUGCACAUCCGAAAGAGUGUAGAACAUCUGGCAACAUGUGUUUUCUGUGGACUGCCCAUUUUCUACAAACUGGCCUCAUCUGGCAUGACCUGGCACCACUUCAAACUUUAAUCUUUUAAUAUCUUCAAUGGAAAUGCCUUCAUAUGUACUCCACACUCCAUAAUGGGUCAAAAGGGAAAAAAUAACCAUGUGCAAUAGCAGGACUGCAAUCAGAUUUGAUAGACUAAAUAUUUAGUACGUUAAUUAGAUGGGGGUGUCUCUUACCAGUUUCAGCUGCAGCAGAAGUUUGUAGACAUCGGACAUAUCUGCCAGCACCAACAGAUGCGUGACUGCCGACAAGAGGGCUCUAGCAGCACGAACCAUAUUUCCCCUCUUCACAGAAGAGCAGGGGUCUUCAGCAAAUUCUCCAGAAGCCUGCCUCAUUGACUCACCUUCAAAUGUAAAAAAAAACCAUCUGUGAGAAGACGUCCACUCUGACUUUAUUUUCAGUCGUCUUGCCAAUAGUGGUGCCAUCACAAAAGCAAAUGUACAACAUUGACAUCAUAUAACUAACACUAACUAGCAAAGUUUCUCUUUUCACAAGUAAGUUUACAUUGAAUUAGUCUCUUUAAUGUGAGAGCUGUGGAGAAGGAAGGCGACAGAUUCUGCCAUUAAAAUGUAUACAAAGGAAUAUCCUGACAGGUUGGAUAGUGUUCUUUUUAUAUAUCUAAUAUACUGUACAUUUCCAGGUGCACUAAACAAGUCAAAGCCAAAAGUCAAAAGGACUGCAAUCUUGUUUGUCCGGCACCAUAAUUUGUCCUACAUUGGCCUAUACGGUUGACUGGGCCUAUAUUGACUUUGUCCGCUUACAUUAUGAACAUCAGUACAUCUGUCAUAGGUUACAUUCAUGGACUAAUAACACCUUAGCUGACUAUAUUUCUUAGAUAAUAGUGCUUGCAAAGUGUGUGUGUGUGUGUGUGUGUGUGUGCGUGCAUGCGUAUAGACCUGUAUAUUGUAUAUAGUGAACUGUUACCUUUAUGCUUUUGCAAAAAUGGUAUCCAAAAGAAUCAGCAAAACAAUGCAACUAAUUUUACAAAUGAACACAAUUAUAAAUUAUGAUUAGGCACAAACAGUACAGAAACAAAUAGGGAAAAUAACUCAAUUUGAGGCUUAUUACUGAGCUAAAAAGGACAUAUGGGCUCAAAUAGCAUAAUCUUAUGCACCAAACAAUGAGCUACCGUUUCCUCACUGACUCACCAGCGGCACAGUAUUCAAACGAUUAGUCGCAGUUCUGAAGUAAAGGAGAUGUCACAAGAUUAAAACAUGGCCAAAAAUUAGCCACACCGCUGUAUAAGCCGCAGGGUUCAAAGUUUAAGAAAAAUGUAGCGGCUUAUAUACACUGGAAAUUACAGUAAAUAAACUGGAGUAACAACUGUCUUUUUUCAUCUUUGAAAUAUGUCAGUGCAUCGUGGUGAUUACUAGGCAGGAGUGUCGAUGUGUUUUGUGACAAGCUUUUUCCUUUUUGUGAGAAUAAAGAAACCUCACCAAUUGUUUGUGGACUGUAUUUGAAUCAUGUUUUCUUAUAAAAGAUUGUCAGCAAGCCUUGUACUUCUGUACUUUUAUGGAUCAAGGAUAAAAACUAGACAAACAACAAAUGUUUUCCUUAAGGGAGACAUCUUGGAUUUUGUUCUUGCCAGGUUCUUUUUUUCCCCACAAUUUGACUGCAACAGUUACCAUACUUUUGUGAACAGGAAGUGAAGCUGGCUAUGGUCUGACACAUCGAUAGAGGCCUGUUGCAGACGUCAAAGGUCAGAUGAAUGCAUUUCUUUUGCAGAAGCACUUUCAAAAUCAGUCAAACCACCCUAACAUUUUCAGGGAUUCUUGUACUCUGAAGCGGUUUGAGGUCAAAGCUCACAUUAUAUAUACAGUAUGAUUUGCAGCUGCUUUCUCUCACUGCAGGCAUCAGACAUUAUGUCUUGAGUUUAUGUUGUUCAUUAUUGGCUUUUACACAAAGUUUGGCAUAACUUGAUCAAGUUAAACAGGGAUCACUAACUCUUGGGAUAAUGCACUUGUCAAUAGUUGUCCCUCAUGAGCAUGUCACUGCAUGUGUUUCCAUGUACAGGCAGUAUUUCAUAAAUAAAAAAUUCUUCAUGCAGGGAACCACCACUACAAUUUCAAAACGCUUAUUUGUCAUUAGGGUCACAGGUGAGCUGGAUCACAGCUGACUUUUGGCGAGAGGUGGGGUACGCCCUGGGCACAAAUACUGUCAACAACCAUUCACAUUCACGCAUAUCUGCUGGGAAUCUGAAAGUAACCGUGCAAAUCACAGGGAUCUAUUGUAGAGUUGAGCAUUUCAUUUGAAGUAUCUCUCUCCCGUGGCUUCUAAUUUCAUAUUUGUGUUUAUUUCUGCAAGGUGGUGAUUAUCAUUAGCCACCGGCAGGAAGGACAAUUGCAUUAAUUAAAUGACAGGUCUACGUUACACAACCGUGCUUGUGCUUGCACGCGCAAACGCACUCUGGGCUCACAUUGAUCCACGUUGGUGGACGUGCUAUGCAUGACAGCUGUGCGUGACGUGCCCACAAAAAACUACCCUUGUUCUACCCUGCCGAAUAGAUACCUUAAGUCUCACCUUAAACUCGCAUUCACAUUUGAAAUGUUUCCUAAAACAGAACAAGAUGUUACAAUAAUCUGAAUAUGCAUGCCUAGCAAAACAUCAAAUUAGAUUUAUAUUGAACAGACAUUGUGAACAUUUUGGGUCAUACAUUGUUGGAGCACAUUUUGUUUGUCUCAGUUGCGACUGAUAACACUUGGACAUUCGAUAAACAUGUUCUAGAACCCCAAGUAUGUAUUGUGGUGGACCCAAUGAAGUAGGAGCACUUUAAAUAGAUUUAUCUCAAGAGGCCAGGUGCCACUGUAUUGCUCUCUCGCUCAUCCAGACACAUACACACACUUUUUUUUCCUCUCCUUCAGCCAAUUCAAUCACACGUGGAGAGAAAAUUGCUUAACAAGAAGAGGGCAAAGCUACUGGCAAUCAUAGCAAAAGGCCAAAAAAAAAAGAACAUAACAAAACAAAACUGCUAUUUGUUCUGCAAGCAAUGCAACUUAAGAAAAUGUAGUUGGCUGGAGUAGGUGUUAAUUAAGAAUCUCCACCAGUGCAGCAAGAAUUCCAGUCCUGAGGAGAAUGAGCUUAUGUAUUAGUUUGGAAAGCUCCUACUAUAUUCUUAAGGUAUAAUAUUCUACAAUAUUUUCUGUUAUAAUUCAGUUCUAAUAAAAGACAGGGGUGCACAAACGGUAUCCACCGAGGGUUGCAUAUUGAAAAAAAUCAUUUUUUGUAGGACGUUGUAGGACAUUGGUUGUAUACCAACCCGUGCAGCAAUGCUAAGAAGUUUAAUAUCGUUAAAGAAAAAGCAGCCUCCAUCUGAAGUGUUAUUUAUAGGUGACAAAGGGUAUUAUUCAUAUGAACUUUUGUUCCUUACAAUAGGCUUUUUUGCUUGUUUUUGUAUUCUAAAAAUGAUUGUUUACAACUAUUUCAAAUUCACAACUUUUUUUCUUGAUAUUGAUAUUUUGACUUUAUUCUCAUAAUAUAACAUUCUUAUCAACCUCAUUGCACAUUUAUUCUUUUUUCCCCCCUCAUAUUAUGAGUUUUAAAAAAG